AUGAAGUCUUGCUGGUGCUACCUCCUCGCGCUCGUCGCCGCGGCCAACGCCUUCACGGCGAGCCGGUCGGCGCUGCCCGCGCGCGCGUGCCGCGCCGCGGCGCCGGCGCUGUCCAUGCGCUACGGCAAGAAGCAGGUGAAGAUCCGGCAGAAGAUCAACCGCAUGAUCCUCGACGCCAACACCAUCGAGGACGUCGCGGCCGUGCUCCAGCACCCCUUCCUCGCGGCGUCGUCGCGGCGCAUGAUGAAACACCUCGUGCUCAAGGCGCGGCGCAAGGCCAUGCUCAUGGGCUACCAGAUCGGGUACCUCGACGACGACGAGGAGGACCUGCUCGACGAGAUGGUCGAGUUCGAC